GCUUAAUGGGACAUCGGCCCAACCCCGAACCUAGUCACAAACACAUAAGCGAACUAAUAACCGAUUUUAACCCGUUUUUCCGUCUCCUUCUCUCGACGUUUCUGGAAGCUAGGGAUUCUAUUGCCCUUUGUGCUCAACAAUCGGAAAUCUCAGCUAGCGAGGCUGUGUUAGAUCAUGGCGGGAGGAAAUUUUGUGCAGCGUGUUAUGUCUUACCUUGUUAAUGAGAUCCUCGUCGACAGUCUUGCCAACAGCCGAGCAUUUCAAAGAUUUGCAGUGAAGACUUCAAAGUCAAUGGAAGAAAUGUCAAGCAUAGCUGCAAAAAAGAGACAAGAAAUUGCUGAGCAGGUGAAGGAAAUGUCUCGCAACUUUGAGUCCAAGAACCGUUGAUGGCUGUUUGUGGAAAAAGUUUUGUGGUCGAAACCUGUAAGCUCAUGGAAGCAUUUAGGUUAUUGACAAGACACUCUUUUUAAUACAACAUUAUCACUUUGUAAAUUAUGGGUUGUAUUAUGAAACCAAAAUAUUUAGAAUUCUAAACCAUUUUUAGACUGUUGAAUUGCUGUCUUGUGAUGAAGUUUUUUGUUUGAAUAAUGAAUUCUGAAAUCUGAAUUCUUAA